AUGAUAAGAGGAGAGGAUGUUGAGGGAUUUUGCGAGCUGAGGGAGGAAGUGCGGCAAAUGUCGGUGGAGGCUGAGAUUGCGGCAGAGGAGAUAUCAGGUGCGAUGAUGGAGUUGGUGGAAGCGAGGAUCCAGCAAUGGGAGGAGGACAAUGCCGACUACCUUGCCUCCCUCCCUUUCUUAUAUUCCAAUCAGAACUAA